GGGCAGUGGCAGCAGCUUGGGUACCUCCAGCUCUGGGGCAGGGAACAGGGCACACAGCAGAGGUUCCUCCAGCAUGGGAAGGCAGCAGGGCCAGUGGAGAAGGAAGUAGGACUAUGGUAGUGCAGACAGGCUAAACAGCCAGAUGGUGACCAGGGCUGUAUCAGCCCUCGCUCACCCGCCUGCCGCUGCUCACCAUGUCCACUAGAACCCAAGGGCCUGGACUCUGGCAGGCCACACCCCAGGCUAUGUCCCCCAACUUCCAGUGGCCCACCAGUAGUCUAUGGACUGGAUGGAGUAGCUAUGUUUGACACCCCUGCUAUACUGCAUCCUUCUACAAGAAGUGUUCUUGACUUUUAGCAGCUGCAAAGCAAACAAAGAACUACACUUGUUUAUAAAAAUAACAUUCAUCACAUGCAUGAUGCCUGUUGCAUCAAUCAGGAUCAACAGCAACAGAGGCCCACUGAAAAUCCUGGUAUGUUGGGAUGAUCAGUUCUGACACUAUUUUAGUCUCUUCCAUACAUGGGUGUCUGAUUCAAGUGACAGUCUCCUGCAGGAAGUAUCCCUGCCAGAAACCUAUGUGAGGAUUUAAGGAAGGAGCCACAUACAGGUGCUGAAUUCCUGAAUUUCCAAAGUACCUUAGGCAAAUGUCCUGUCUCAGUAAAGCUUCCUGCCCCAGGUUGCUGUUGCUACAUGAACACCGGAUUUGCUAGCCAGCUUAUCUUCCCUGUUUCAGCCAAGCUGUCAGUUGGAAAGCUUCUUGUGCAAUCUCGAACAAGAGACCUGGAAGGCAAUGACCUUCAUGACAAAAUACUAGUUACUGCACAUCUUGGUAACUGCUCUUUGAGCACUGGCCUGAUGCAAGCUCUGUAGUUGUAUACAUACACAAAGGGAAAAACAUUGAUAAGUGCCCAGUCCUGCCUCAGUAAAGGUCUCAUGGCCUGUUGUAUUCAGCCUGUGGUAGCAGGUGUUCUGCCAACUCCAGAUUUGAAGCUCAAAUAAACGGUGGAUUCAAUCAUUGGUUCUUGUCUUAGAACUUCAGCAGUGUCCGGGCUCUUCAUUUAUGGCAAUUUAACACUCAAAUUAACAACAAUGAAAGCAAGAACACAGCAAAGUCAAACUCUACCCACAAGUCAGUGGGCAAGGCUGAGACUCCAAGAUCUGAAUGUUCUUUACAAACUUGUUUGUACAGAGAUGCUUGCAAAUCCGGCUGCAUGGCAUUAUUUCAUAUUUAUCGUUUGUGACUUCUUAGUUUUCCAGAGUCCUUGCAGAGCCUGUAAUUGCUAAGCACAAAGUGAUAGGGAACAGCAAUGGUAUGUUUUAUUAGUCAACAGGUGGAUACUUUUACCCCAUUCAUUUCUGGAGUUUGGCUAUCUCAGAAGUCAAAAGCUGUGCUGCCAGACUCACAGAUAUUGUAAGUACAGCUGUGUUGUCUGGCUCAGCAUCCUAUGACCCCGGGCAAGUUGCUUCCCACCUCUGUUUCCCUUCUCACAAGCUAUGUGUCUAUUUAGAAUGUGAGCCCUGUAACCUGUGACUGUCUCUGGCCAUUGCCUUCUGGCACAACAGGUCUCUGAUUGAUAUUGGGGUCCUAAAGUGCUACCACAAUUUGACUCGGCCAAUAGAAAUAGCCCAAAAAUAGCCAUGUAAUAACAAGCAGUGCAGCACCUGGCAUUAUUUUGUUGGAAGGGUGGCCUGACACUGCUGUGAUGAAACCUCACAAAGUUACACUGUGAGUAUGGUUCUUAAACACAUAAGCUGUGGCUCAACACCAAGACCCUUUGAGCUGGUGUGGGAGGUGGGUACCCCCUUGCCAUGAUCAUCUGAGCAAAGCCCAUGUGUUUGCUGUGUAAGCAGUCAGUUGGGACAUAGCCUAGGACACACUCUAGGCAUGUUUAGCAGUUGGUUUCCAAAGGUCAGGAGUGCUGCAGUCUUCUUCCAAAACAGGCUCAUCCUUCUGUUUUCCAAACUCAACUUCUAUGUUCACUCUGCCCUUUUACUUUACUUCGUCUGACUUUUUUUCAUGUGCCUAAGGGAAGCAGCUUCAGGAAUGGGGCCUCCUGUAUUUUCAUUCCUGUACAAUUUAAAAUCCACCAAAAGUUCUGAGGAAAAAAGGACAGGCCAGUUGUCUGGCAAAGAGGUCUCAGGCUGAAACCAGGCUGGACAUGGAAGGGAUCCAAAGUGCUACAGCUACCGAGCAAGCAAAUGGUCCACGUGGCCCCACACGUUCUGUCCAUACUCCAAGGCCAUACAGAGGCCCUCCCUCUGCCUUCCAGACACUGUUCACCAGAAUGGAUGAGGAAAGUUUUCAGGAUGAGCUGCACCUUUUUAAAGACAGAAACUUCCUCCAGCAAAAGCUGCGCUCCUUCUUCCCAGUCUACUUGCUGCUGGCGCUCUCUCUCCUGUUGACCCUGAUCCUGUUUGGGGUGUCACUCUCCAAAGUUUCAUCGGUUUCUUCUGAACUCCACAAGAAGCAAGCGCAGCUGAAACGGAACCAUUCCAGCCAGGACUACCAGUUGUUCCCUUGCGGGCCAGAGAGCAGAGAGUGGAGGUACUUCAAUGGGAAGUGUUAUUACUUCUCACUGCAAGAGAUGGACUGGGGCAAGGCGAAGAAGCAGUGCAAGGAGCUACACUCCCAGCUGGUUGUCAUUAACAACUUGGCUGAACAGAAUUUCCUUGCAUACAGGAUGCAAGGCAGGGAGCGCUACUGGCUUGGACUCACAGAUCUAAACACGGAAGGGAAAUGGGAGUGGAUCGACGGGACUGACUACAUGAACGGCUUCACGUUCUGGAAGAAAGGAGAGCCUAACGACAGUGGCACACGUGAGGACUGUGCCCACUUGUGGACCUUUGGAGAAUGGAAUGAUGUGUCCUGCACCUACGAGUGUCACUACAUCUGCGAGAAGCCUGUGCCGGCCUGAGCAGAGCUAGCAUGUGGCUCUCCCAACCCACACAUCAAAGUAGGAGUCUGUGCCAUCCCAGGGGCUGUGCUCUGCACCAAUGCUAUACCUGCCUCUCUGGCUACCCCUCCUUCCCUUCUCCCUUUUAUCUCUGCGUAUGUUCCUGUCCCCUCCCUUGCAGAUUACUGUCUUGGGAGGGGGAUGGACAAACAGAUUUUCAUUCUCCCAAAGAACCCAGAUUUUUCACAAAAAGCACUUUGGCAUGAUCCACAAGGCAGCUGGCUGGGAAUUCCCUGCUCAGCGAGUUGGGGUGGCUAGGGAGGGUCCUAUCGAUCUGUGCUGUUCAAGGACUCUGCCUAAUAAAGGUUUAUUACUGCUUGGG